AUGAGUAUUGUUUGCUAUUUGGAAAUGAUACGAAGUCGUCUGAUACAAGAGUUAGUUCUAAAUCUUUGUGCAAAGCGCUACAGUAUUUCUGAGAAAAAUGCUUUUUCUGCAUUGGAUAUCUUAAUUUCUAGAGGUCAUUUGCAUACAGUUGAUUCGCCUAAGGGUAUAUUGUAUGGUACUAAUCCUUUUGUUGUGGCUUGCGGUCACUUGAAGAAUCCCACGUCCCUAUCAGCAAAAAUCAUAGCCAAAUAUAGUGGUGGAAUAAAUGGAAUACGGCCAGAAGUUUCCAUUGUACUUGGCCCUAAACGACCGCAUUCUGAAAGAUCACUAGACAGCUGUCCAUCUGAAGUUGAGCAGAACGACCCUACAACAAAUAAUGUUUGUCACUGUUCCAACAGGAGAUCAACAACAAACAGCUUACUAGUUCCUGGCAUCUCUGCUAUAAAUUGUUCAGACAAUACAGAAGUGGGUUAUGUUCACGUUAAGCAAGCAGACAAAAGUGAUUUCUCAACAGGUACUCAGUCUUAUGAAACAGAUAAUCUUCAACAUGGUACAAAGAUAUUUACUGUAUUGCCUGCUAGUCCAAUGAUUCAAGCCAAUUCUGAAAAUCAAAUGAUUAAUCUAACUCAUUAUCGCAUUGAAAAAGGUUCGUGUGAUAGCAUGAGUUCUGAACCCGGUUUCGAGAACUCAGAAAUGCCUCAAAUAACUAAUUCAAGACAUAGCAAUCGACAAAUGGAGGGCUAA